AUGUAUAAUGAUUUAGAAAGAUUCAUUUCAUUCACCGAAAGAGAAGGAUUUGAUAAAGAUCAAAAACUUGUAAGCAGUUUAUAUCCACAUGAGAUGAAACAAUCUACAUUACUUGAAUUAUGCUGCUACCAUGGAGCUGUUGACUGUUUCAAGUUAUUAAGAACAAAAUUUAACUCAGAAAUAACUUAUAAAUGUCUAAUAAGUUCAUUUCUAGGAGGAAAUCCAGAGAUUAUGAGUGAAUGUUUGAAACAUCACAAACCAGAUAAAGAUUGCAUGAAGUAUGCAAUUAUUUCACACAAUAUUGAUUUUGUUACAUUCUUGAUGAAUGAAUACAAUAUAGAUAUAUAUAUACGUUUAUAUCAUUGCAUAGAUCAUAAAAACCUUGAAUCAUUUUUAGUUUAUUUCGAUCUAACUAAUGAUAUUAACACAUGUUUUGUUUAUUCAGCAUGUUUCAAUAUUCCAUCCAUUUGCGAAUAUUUCUUAUCACUUGGUGCUGACAUCAUGGCAAGAGAUUAUCUUAAAUCAACCGCUCUUCAUAAUGCAGCCUAUGAAAAUUCUAAGGAAGCAGCCGAAUUUCUUAUUUCACAUGGUAUAAAUAUCAAUGAAAUAGAUAAUGACGGAAAAACCGCACUUCAUGAAGCAGCCUAUAAAAUAGUAAAGAAACAGCUGAACUUCUUAUUUUACAUGGUGCAAAUAUCAAUGAAAAAGAUAAACAUGGAAAAACUGCUCUUCAUGUUGCAGCAGAAAAUAAUAGUAAAGAAACCGCCGAGCUUCUUAUAUCACAUGGUGCGAAUAUCAAUGAAAAAGAAGGAUAUGGGCAAACCGCACUUCAUUAUGCAGCACUUCAAGAUUGUAAAGAAACAGCCGAAUUUCUUAUUUCACAUGGUAUAA